AUGGGAGGUUUUGCAUUCACCCCCAAAUUGCUUUGGGUAACUCUACUGCUCUGGGCUUCAAGUGGAAAGUCCAUAGAGGAUACUUCAAAGGCUUUACUAUCUCUGAAUCCUCCAUGGAACAGAAUUUUCAGGGGAGAGAAUGUGACUCUUCACUGUGAGGGACCCGGCACUUCAGGUAGCAACCAGACCCAAUGGCUUCAUAAUAACUCCAGAAUCCCAUUUCAAACUCCCAGCAUUAGCAUCACUUUUGCCACCAUCAAUGACAGUGGAGAAUAUAGAUGCAAGACUAAAGAUUCUAUCUUCAGUGACCCUAUGCAUCUAGGAGUUUACAGUGAUUGGCUGCUCCUCCAAGCUUCACUUCCAAUCAUAAAAAAGGGAGAACCCCUAAUCCUGAGUUGCCAUGGUUGGAAGAACCGAGCUGUCUACAAGGUGACAUUUUACCAUGAUAACAAAGCCCUCAAAUACUGGUAUGAGAACCACAACUUCUCCAUUUCUUAUGCCACAAUCAAGAACAAAGGCUCAUACCACUGCACUGGCAUCUUAUGGGGAAUACCCUACACCUCAGAGCCUCUGUAUAUUGAUUUCAAAGAUGAAGAUCAAGAUUUUCUUCGAAGUCUAAAGUAUAUGCGAUUACUGGUCCCUCUGAUGAUGGGAACUCUAUUUGUUGUGGAUACGGCCUUAUUGGUUUUGACCCAGAAGCAACUCAAUUGCCUCCUUGAAAAGAAGAGGAUUUUAGCAUCCAGACGCCCUCCAAAGGCUGAUACUGAAGCUGAGUCUAAGAGCGAGGCAGAGGCUGAGGCUGAUGCUGAUGCUGAGGCUGAGGCUGAACCUGAACCUGAACCUGAGGCUGAACCUGAACCUGAACCUGAACCUGAACCUGAUCCUGAUCCUGAUCCUGAUCUUGAACCUGAUCCUGAACCUGAUCCUGACUCAAUGCCUUACUAA